UUUUUUUUUUUUUCAUCUUUUCUGCCUUUCAUUAAAAGAUGCUUUCUACUCGUUUGUUUGUUAAAGCAAACACAUCAUUCACUGCUGUGCGUGCUCUUUCUAGCAGUGCUAAAGUUGGUAUGGCCAAUUCAUCCGGUGGUGGGUCCCAAUCGAUCCACCUUACUUUACCAGAGACCUCCUUCCAAACGUAUAACGUGGAAGCCCCCAGUUUAGAAGUGGAGACGAACAAGGAGGAGAUGCUCAAACUUUACAAGAACAUGAACCUCAUUCGUCGUCUUGAGAUGGCGGCUGAUGGUCUUUAUAAGGCUAAAAAGAUUCGUGGUUUUUGCCAUUUAUCGAACGGCGGAGAAGCAGUGGCUACUGGUAUGGAAGCUGGUAUUACACCAGACGACCACAUCAUCACGGCCUACCGUUGUCACGGUAUUGUACUUGAGCGUGGCGGUAGUGCCAAAUCGAUUUUGGCUGAACUGGUAGGACGUGCGGAUGGUAUUUCCAAGGGUAAAGGAGGCUCGAUGCACAUGUACGCAAAGAACUUUUAUGGUGGUAAUGGUAUUGUGGGAGCCCAAGUUCCGUUAGGUGCGGGUGUUGCAUUUGCUCAAAAAUACCUGGAUCAUCCCUUCACGACGUUGGCCAUGUAUGGCGAUGGUGCGUCUAACCAAGGACAGGUGUUUGAGGCAUACAAUAUGGCCAAGCUAUGGGAUCUCCCCAUCAUCUUUGUCUGUGAGAACAAUAAGUACGGUAUGGGUACCUCAGCUGAACGUUCGUCUGCCUCCACUGAGUAUUACAAGCGUGGUGAUUAUAUUCCUGGUAUUCGUGUGAAUGGUAUGGAUGUUUUCGCGGUAAAGCAAGCUGUACAAUGGGCCAAGGAUUACACGGUGUCUGGUAAAGGACCGUUGGUAAUGGAAGUGGCUACGUAUCGUUACGGCGGACAUUCGAUGUCUGAUCCUGGAACGACUUAUCGUACACGAGAAGAAGUACAGAAUGUAAGAGCGACAUCUGACCCGAUUACGCUGUUGAAGAAACGCAUUGUGGACCAUGGGGUGGCUACGGAAGCCGAAUUGAAGGAGAUGGAUAAGCAAACGAAGAAGGAAGUGGAUGCUGCGCAAAAGGAAGCAGAGGCAUCUCCUGAGCCUAAACUGGAUGAGUUCUGGUCCGAUAUUUAUGUGCCUGGAUCCGAGCCUCCCAUCGUUCGUGGUCGUAUCGCUAGUGAAGUCCAUCAUUAUUAAGUUGAAUAAAUGAUAAAGCGU